UUCAUAAUCAUCGCUCAAUCUGUCAGCAACCACCCUUUGCCGGCCUGCACAACUGUCAUCUUUACAUAACGAACAUCCUUCAGAAAGUGGAAGUGGAGGCGAAGAGUGGAGGUGACGUUGGAGUGACCGAAGUCCGUCAAGUGUUCGAAUAGCCUUUCAACUCUGUCUUCCAUGCUUUAUCCUGGCGAUCGUCCUGUGUCUGAUAGUCUAUCUGCCAUUCAAAAUGCCGCGCCAUGUUAUUCGCCCACUCCCAAAGGCAUUCCAGCCCCACCGGGAAUCGCAUUCACACAACGACAGGAACAUGUGGGAGACUCUCGAUCGUGUCCAGGUACUUGGAGACAACCAACAAGGUCACCAUGGGUGUGUGAAUGCGUUAAGCUGGAGUGAUGACGGACAGACGCUGCUUUCGGGAUCGGACGACAGGAGAAUAUGUAUCUGGCAACCUGAUACUACAUCACACUUCUCCCCUUCACCUCAUCCGCUCAAACUCUCAGAAACCAUAUCCACGGGACACCGCGCAAAUAUAUUCUCGGCUAAAUUUCUUCCAUACGCGAACACACCCCGUAUUGUCAGCGUGGCUGGAGAUCGGGAUGUCAGAGUGUAUGACGUUGAGAGCCUCGGAAGGCGCAUGGGAGAAUCGGGCGACUGGGAGCUGGAUGGUGUUUCAGGAGAAGGAGUAACCCUCCUCAAAUGCCAUAAAAACCGGGUGAAACGAAUAGCUACGGAGAACUCGCCUUCCCUUUUCCUGACCGUAUCAGAGGACGGUACGGUCCGCCAACAUGAUCUUCGUCGACCUCAUUCCUGCAGCUCUGAAUGUCCCGAAGCGCUUUUCCAAGCGCCCAGAGGAGUGGAUCUAUAUAGUUUGAGCGUGAGCACAGUGACUCCUCAUAUCUUUGCUGUGGCUGGAACAUCGCCUUAUGCUUACAUAUGUGACCGCCGAAUGCUCCCCCGCCAAACUCCCUCCUGGGGUCCAUACAUUAAAUCCGCCGGGGACGUUUACUGUGUGCGAAAGCUCGGUCUCCCGGAUGAAGAAUGGGAAACUGUAUCACCAAGAGGCAGAAGGCGGUUAUUUGAUGGGGAAAGACAUGUCAGCUGUGUGAAGAUGAGUGGCGAGAAUGCUGACGAGGUGGCUGUCAACUUUAUGAAGCACUCAACAGCCCUUUUCUCAAUACAUGACUCCCCCUCUUCUCCUUCCGCUCGCUCUCCUUCAGCUUCAUCCGUUAUAGCCCCCGAGAUAUCAUCCGGGCGCUCUCGCCGCUCGAAAUCCCAUGACCCCACUGGUGUAUUACCGCAGAGUGGUGCAGGGGAAGGCGUUGAGAACACAGAUGAACCAGUUUCAAGGGAGAGAAGGAUGUCAACAAGAAAUAUCAGUGAUAGUGGAAGGGGUCGUGAUGGACGUCAAAUUUCAACGGACGGGGAGAGUGUGAGCGGCCGCAUUGAGGACCUGGCAUCCCUUUUGGAACGUCAGAUAGCAGAAGAGGAGAGAGAGGAAGAAGAGGAUAGCGAUGAAGGUGAUUUCGCUCAUCUACGAGGCCUUGCGCAAGGCUUUCAACAUGAUUCCGGAGAGUAUAAUAUUGUCGGCCCUGUGCGUAGUUUGGAAGAGCGUGGGGAUGGGAUGGACUAUCUCAUGUCAGACGACUAUUUGGAUUUGGUAAGAAAUGGAGAUGAGAACGGUCCUCAGAAUGAAGAUGACGAUGGACAUGAAGAUGAAAAUGAGGAUGAGGAUGARGACGAGGACGAUGAGGAUGAAGCCAUGUUUGACGAUGAUGAGUUCUUUGACUCGCCAAUAUUUGGCUUCCCCUUUGGCGGGCACUCAAGUACAGCACCUCGCGAAGCGUAUGAUAACGUCGAAAUCAUUCACCCAAGACGGAUGUUCAAGGGCGCGAGAAACGUGGAGACUGUCAAGGACUGUAAUUUUUUGGGAACAAAAUCAGACAAGAUCGCAUCGGGUUCUGAUGAUGGGUAUUUCUUUGUAUGGGACAAAGAAUCGGGCCGGCUUGAAGGAAUCUGGGAGGGUGAUGGGUCAGUUGUGAAUGUAAUGGAACAACAUCCAACUUUACCGUUGAUCGCAGUAAGCGGUAUCGACAGUACAGUCAAAAUGUUUUCCCCUAUCCACAACCGCCCAGCCCCAUCCAUCUCUUUCAAUCGUUCUCACUUGGCAUCUACCAUUGUCGAUCGGAACACGCGCCCUCCAAGGUUCGUUAGUGGCUCCAUCUUUGAGUCGGCGGCGUUGUUGCAGCUUCUGGAAAGCAGGGGAGUGACAGUGGCUAAUUUGGAGGACGAAGCAGAUGGGGAGAGGGAAUGUACGACGCAGUGAGGUCAGUCAGUAUGCGCGGAUCUGGGAGAAUUGAGGGACGGAAGGAUUUUACUGUGAGGCAGCUGUGAUAGCGUGUAAAGGCCAGGACGUCGUGUAUAUAAGUGUUUCAUUAUGUAUGACCAAUGCAGUAAUAAACUUAUUGGAAGAGGGGAUGGGAUAGAAUAUU